GUGCCCGGGGGCGAGGGGCGGGGCCCCGCCGGUGCACUAGCUUGAGCAGAGAGAUCCAAGCCCUCAACACCACCACCAUCGCUACGACCAGGAAAUCCAACAACAACGCUACGACCAGGAAGCGGAUCCCACCUCGGAGUGAGUGUGGAAAAGAUUUCUAGGCGCAUCUUUAAGCGUCAGAAGGGCGAACUGAAAGACACCAGAUCCAUCAACCUCUGCACAUAGAGUUUGGUUUGCGGAAACCAAGGAGGAUCAGAGGAGCCACAAACAUGUGCUCCCCGGCAGGCCCCAAAAUCCUCUACCGGAAUUCCCGGCUGCUCCGUCUGGCCUUCCUGCAGCUCCAUCGCCAACAGCGGAGCGGCACGUUGUGCGACGUCCUUCUGCAAGCAGAAGGUGAGGCGGUCCCGGCCCACUCCUGCGUCCUGUCCGCCUGCAGCCCCUUCUUCACGGAGCGCCUGGAGCAGGAGCAGCCGGCCCAGGGCCGCCAGGUGGUCCUGCAGCUCGGGGGGCUGAAGAUCAGCACGCUCCGCAAGCUGGUGAACUUCCUGUACACUUCGGAGAUGGAGGCCUCCCGGGAGGAGGUCCGGGACAUCCUGGCGGCCGCCCGCCGGUUCCGGGUCCUGGAGCUCGAGUCGCUGCAGCUGGAGGGGAGCAAGCUGGUCAAGGCCUCCCAGGGCCGGCGCCUAAACCGGGAGUGCCUGCAGGCCCCGCCGGUGUCCGCCCGCCUCCCGGGGCCCGGCAUCCCUCCGCAGGCUCCGCUCCCCAAGGCCCCGGCCCCCCGGCCCCCCGGAGCCGGGCGAUUAAAGCUGCUCGGCGGCACAGCGGACGGGCCCCAGAAGAAGGGCGGCCCGCAGGGCCCCCGGGACCAGGCCGGGACACCGAGGGGGUGUCCCGUACCCGUGGCGAGAGAGGAGACCGGCGCCAAGGACCAGGCGGGAAGCUUCUCUCUAGGCAACCAGCAUCAAGCUUCCUGGGCCACCACGCCGGGCCCCCCGGUGCUCGCCCCCAGCGUGUUCUCCCCGCCCGGCCACCCCCCGAUUUUCUCUCCACCCGGUCACCCGGUGCUGUCCCCGCUCAGCCCGUACUCCCCGGGGAACGACCCCCUGCCGCCCAGGAAGAUCAAGCUGAGCCGCUCGAAGCCCUCGACGGGCGCCGACCCGUCCCGGUCCCCCGGGAGCGUCUCGGGAAGCAGCCCCGCCCGGCCGCCCGCUAACCGGCGCGUCUGGCGCAAGAGGAGCGGGAAGGCGGAGGAGGCCGAGGAGAGGCGGGAGCCGGGAGGAGCCGGCGCUCAGAGGGGCGGCCGGAACCCCCCCGACAGCGGAGAGGCCAGAAAGCGCAGCCCCGAGGCCCGGGCGGCCGGUUCCGACUCGGCCGAGGAAGGGCAGGUCGGGCGGGUGAAGCUGCGGAAGAUCGUCAACGGGAGCUGCUGGGAGGUGGUGCAGGAGCCGCCUCCGGGAGACCCCGGGCCGGACGGACCCCGAGAGGCGGCCCCCGGGCCGGACCCGGCGGACCCUUCUGGCCCGAGAGGCUCGCACGGCCUCCGGGAUCCCUCGACGGCGGAGACGGGGCCUCCCGGCCUCCCGAUGGAGUCCCUGGAGGGCCCCAUUCCGGACCGGGACGGGGCCCGGCCCGACCCGGCGGCCCCGCCGGGGCUGCCGCUCCUGGGAGAGGGGCUCGGGGGGUCCUUGGAGUUGGACGCGGCCCCGCCGGACCCACCUUUUGAGGCGGAAGAGUACGGCAUCACCAGCACCGCCGCCACCAUCGAGCUCGAGGAGAUCCUGGACUUCAUGUUCAGCGGCACCGAGCUGGGCGCGAUGGGAGACGCGCUGGAGCACCCCAGGGAAGGGAGCGCCGAGCCGCCCCCGGCCUACCCUGGGCCGCAGGGCCCGGAGACCUGGGGGCAGGGCGAAGAGUGGUUCCUGCCGGACCUAGAGCUGUGGCCCAAGGCGUUGGAGUUGGAGGAGCCCUGCGACGCGGAGGAGGAAUCCGUGAUCUUCCAGCCCUUGAGUCCCCUGGCCCUGACGCCCAGCGCGGAUUUAGGGGAGCUGCUGCCCGGAGCAGCCGGAUGGACCCCGGGGCCCGGCGUCGACAGCGUGGAGGCGGCGGGGGACAGGGGAAGGGUCGAGGCAGAGACUCCCGCUCGGCCCGGGCCCGACGCGGGAUCGCCCACCAGAUCCCAGAGGCCCCCCGCGGCCCGUGGGCUACCCUGUGCCGCCCGAGGGGCGGCUUCGGCACCGCCGGAGGGGGAUCCCGUCCGGGGGGCAGGCGGCGCCGCGGAGAGGCAGCCCCUUCCCCCCGUGGAGGAGGACCAGGAUAUCGACGUGGUGGACUGGGUGGCCCAGGUUGGGCUGGUGCCCAUCGGCGGCCCUUGCGUGUGGCCCGACCCUUCGUCGGAGUCCGAGACGGAGGUAGAUGUGCUCACGUAGUCGGUGGGCGAAGCGGGUCGGGUGAGGGGGAGGCCCCGGGUGGGAGAGGAAAAGGUACCGGGAGCCGGGGCCGGUAGGAAACCGCAGAGGAAACGGGCCGGGCUCGCCCAACGCACGAGGGGGAGGCCGCCGCAAGAGAGGCGGCCUCGCGGCUCCUGACCCUUUCCCCGCUUUCCGACCUGCUGGGAAAAGGACAAGGGCUCUUUCGGGGGGCAUCAGACACCAUCUAGGGACCCCCCCGGCACCCCGUGGCUGGUGUUCCCUGGACCCAGGUCAUGGGGGGGAUCUGGUGAGUCCGGGGAGAGUCCAACACGCCCGUUCCCCACUCCCCCUCGUCCAAAAACCGAGGAAAAGGAAUGGAUGGAGCGGGGCGCUGCCACCGACUCGGGGAAGAGGCGGGAAGGGCAGCCCGGUCCACG